AUGCUUUUCUCAUUGUUAUCCUGCAGGAAACAGAUAAGAGAGGAAUCCACUUGCCUGAGAGUAAAAUCUAAAGAAAUGGCCUACUCACAUGCAACUGUGCUGAGCAAUACAGCCAAUUAUAUUGGAUUAGGUCAGAGAAUAAAAUAUGUUUCUGUCAUCCUUUAUCAUUUGCUCUGGUGGAUAUCAGCAUCAAAUGGUUCUUAUGAUCAUAGGCAAACUCCUUGCCAGAAACCUCAAUUGUUGGGAAUCUUCUUCUUAAUUGCUCCGAGGACUGAAUUAAUUUUCCCGAUGUCGGAGACUAUUAUCACAUCGGAGGCACCUUCCACAUCAACACAAUUCAACCAUCCGUCGCACACAAUCUGCCGCGUAUGUGAGAAGCAGUUUUCUCAAUAUACUUGCCCGCGUUGCAACAUUCGAUAUUGCUCUCUUCAUUGUUAUAAGUCUCAUAGCCUUCGGUGCACUGAAUCCUUUAUGAGAGAGAAUGUUGCUCAAGAACUGCAGCAGCUGCAACCUGAUAAUGAAACUAAACAAAAAAUGCUAGAUAUUCUUAAACGAUUUCAUGAGGAAGAGGAGACAGAUGGCAUGGAUGAAGAUGAUUCAUUUCUGUCAGAGGAGACUAUUCAGAAGAUUAUGUCUGGAAACCGGAUAAAUAUUGAUGAUUUAUCUGCUGAGGAAAGGAAGCAUUUCCAGAGAGCUGUAUCCUCGGGAGAGCUCAGCAAGUUGAUUAAGCCAUGGGAUCCAUGGUGGCUGAAGCCUUCUGCUAAAUAUAUAUCUCUCAGCCAAGAUGGAGCUAGCCUUGUACAACCACUUGUUCAGCAAGAUCCUGUGGAAGCAUCAGGAAAUUAUAUGGAAGGCAAUCAGUUGUAUGACAUUCCACCCGGCCCUGAAACUCCACUACCACCAACCAGCAAGCUUAGUACUGUUGGUCCAUCCCCUCUAUUAGCUGUUCAUCUCAUUGACAUUAUUUACAGUUACUGUUUUACACUUCGACUGUACAAUGGGGACUGGCAAUCAGAUGCGCUAGAAUCUACAAUGUUAUUGCUUAGUGUAUCUUCUAUCCUGGGUAAAGGUGGGCAACCUGAGACAGUGUUGGAAGCUUUGUUGCAUUGCUUGGAGCAAACGUCAUCUCCUGCAUACAGGCAUAUGGGUGGCUUGCAAUUCGGAUUGGGGCUCCUCGAUGAUGUAAUUAGCCUACUUCAUCUAGGAGCUGCAGCUUUAGUUUGCUUGCUUUGUGAUACGCAGAGGCUGAUUCAGGCAGCUGAGAAAGAGCUAAAGUCGGAGAAACUGCACAAGUCAAAAAGGGUGGAAAUCAAGAGCAAGCUUAAAUCUGCUGAGCGGAAGGUUUACUUCAUAAUGUGUUGGGUUCACGAGCAGCCGGGUGAAGUGUGGCCUUCCUUGGCAGCACUAGUGAAUACAGAGAAAUCAUCAGCAGUGGAAUGUGUCGUUAGCAAAAGAGGUGCUGUGAGAACGGAGAAAGUGGAAAGAACAGGCAAGCCUUUGAUUAAGGAGAUAUAG